AUGAUCUGGCCUGAAGGAAAAAUAGCACAUGCAGACAAACCGCCCUCUCGGCGAUGGUGGGAACGGCAACAUGUCAUGCAGGUGAUCGCCACAGGCAUGACUGUCACAUUGACUCUCCUGCUCGGAUUUCGACGGUUCUAUAUGUAUGGGCAUAAUGAUUUUCCUACCUGGAUCCGAGCCUUUUACCAGAACCAUAUCUAUAAAGAGAACUUUACGCGCGAUCCCCUGUUUGGGCAGGUGGAUUUUUCUCGCCUGGAACAGGGCCGGCUACGAGGUCAAUUCUGGAGCGUUUACGUGGAAUGCCCGAAGACCGACCCUGCCGACCAGUCCGACGAGACAUACUUCGAGACUCUCCGUGACACAUUCCAACAAAUUGACCUGGUACAUCGUCUGAUCAAGUCUCACCCUGAAGCCCUCGCCCUAGCUGACUCCAGCGCGGGAGUCCAGGAACUCUUCCAAUCCGGUCGAACGCAGAUUGCCAGUCUGCUCGGAAUAGAGGGAUUGCACCAGAUAGCCAACAGCGCCAGUGUGCUCCGGCUUUAUCACGCCCUGGGGUUUCGCUACGCGAAUCUCACCCACGAGUGCCGCAACACCUUCGCAGACAGUGCCACGCCACCAACGCCCCAGCACCACGGCCUAUCCCCGGUCGAUCGAGCAGCCUUGAUCUACGAAAUGAACCGCGUCGGAAUGGUCGUGGACUUGGCCCAUGUCAGCCACGCGACCAUGCGCGAUGCCCUCGCGCUGACCCGCACCCCGGUGAUCUUCUCGCAUUCGUCGGCCUUUGCUCUCUUUCAUCACGAGCGCAAUGUUCCCGACCACGUGCUGGAUCUGGUCCGCUUGAACGCCGGGGUCGUCAUGGUCUCCUUCUACCCGGCGUACACUCGCUGUGCGGACCCUGCGCGCGCCUGUAUUGCCGACGUCGCCGACCAUAUUCAGUAUAUCGGUCAACGUAUCGGUUACCAGCACGUGGGGCUGGGGUCGGAUUUCGAUAGAAUGCCCAUCGGCGUUCGCGGCCUGGAAGAUGUGAGUCAUUACCCAGAUCUGAUCCGCAUCUUAGUGGAGCGCGGCGUGCCGGUGAAGGAAUUGGCAGGGGUGGUCGGGGGAAUUGUCCUGCGCGCGUUGGGGGCUGCUGAGGACGUGGCUGCGAGCAUGGCCGAGGAGGAGCCGCUGGAGGAUUCGGUGAAGCCUUUUUCUCUUCGACGGGUAUACGCUACGCUGGGCUAUAAUAGGUAUUACCAUCGGAUUGCUUAA